UCAUACAAUUUUAAACCUUUCACUGAUCAGCAUGCCUAGUGUUCUAAGGGCAAGCUGCUUGUUGCUACCAUUCUUGGUCAUUCUUUCGAUGCUUGUAGUGAGCUCAGAGGCGCGUCUUUCUCUCGUUUUCUCAACUCUUCCAAAUAUUACUGAUGGCCAUCUCUUUUUUCGUAAACUUGGGUUUCUUGUACCGAAAAAUGAGUUUUAUCGGAGAAGGUUUCUUAUUGACGUGAACAGAACUGCACCCGGAGGACCAGAUCCCCAACAUCAUUAGCAACUUAGGAUUUUUUAUUGCCAGAAAUAACACUUGAGUUGCCAAAAAUUUUCUCAAAGUUUAGUCGCCAAAUUAUGUAGCAGAUGACAUGGUUGUGUAGUUACGACUUGGGAUGCAAAGUUUUGGGAUUUGUUUUGCGAAGUUCUGGCAAAACUCUUUGUUCGUUUGAGCAUUCAAAGAUAUGAUCAUCCCUAGUA